CCCAGUGACGGUCCCACCUGAGUCCUUGGUUCUGUGGAAAGAGCUAGAGUCUCUCUGCUGGGUAAUGAGGGAGAUCAGGUGAUCAGUUCUCCCAGCAUCGUGGACCAGCACCCUAUCGUAUUCUGGAACCUGGUGUGGUACUACCACGUAGACUGGAACUCCCCUCUCAUCUGCCCGGUCUCAUACUGACCUCACAGCACUGCAGCCAGGGACACGUACUACAGGUCCCAGCCCAGAGCGUGUCUUCAGAGGACAGUAAACAUGUCCUGGUCCGCAUCCUGUGGGACAACCCGUCACUACACCAGGACUCUGUCCAGGCCCUAUACAUGCUCUGGCACGCACACUUCUCUAUCCCCUCAGCCAGUGGAACAGUGUAUGAGGAGGACCAGCCCCAGGACCAUCUCUUCUCCUCUGAGGUCCUACAGGGUAUAGUGAGGAGCAUCCAAAAGGGGGAUGUCUACCAGCCCAUGAGUCAGAUCCUACAGCUGCUGGGACCAGAGCUGGGCUUCAGCAGACAGAGGAGUCUGUACAGAGAUCUCCUCUUCCUGGCGUUGACCGCUCUGGGGAAGAGCAACAUCAAUAUUG